UAUAUUUUCUACGCAGCGGCUACAUGUCCCCAGAAUACGCUAUGGAAGGGAUAUUCUCUAUGAAGUCAGAUGUCUUUAGUUUUGGAGUCUUGCUUCUUGAAAUUAUAAGUGGCAAGAGGAAUAAAGGAUUCAACAACUCGGGCCGUGACAACAAUCUUCUCGAUUGUGUGUGGAGGAAUUGGAAAGAAGGUCAAGGUCUAGAGAUUGUAGACACGGUCAUCAUAGAUUCUUCCUCACCAACGUUCAGGCCACGUGAUAUCCAAAGGUGUUUACAAAUUGGCCUCUUGUGUGUUCAAGCCCGUCCAGAUGAUAGACCAAUUAUGUCGGCUGUUGUUUUCAUGCUGGAAAGCGAAGCAGCAGAUAUUCCUCAACCUAAACCGCCAGGUUAUUGCGUCAUAGGAAAUUAUUCGACUUGGAGUAAACAGCGAGACCGUGAAUCUUGCACAGUGAACCAGAUCACCAUGUCGAUUAUAGACGCUAGGUAAUGUGAUGU